CCUUACGGUGGCGGCGCUACAGCGGACCAGCAGACCGCGGCAUUAGCGCAACGGCGACAGGCACGCAAGACAGGACGGCAACCGGCAAGGCGAUAGUUCGGCGGUGCAGCAUCCAGCAAGCACGGCGCUGAUCUGGGCACUGCAGGACAGGUUCAUCAAUCUAUCAUGUCCUUCGCCGGUGUAUCUGUCAGCGCCAAUGGCAAACUCCUGGGCUCUCCCACCUCUCCUACCACCGCCAGCGACAGCACUAUAGGAUACCACUUGCUCGUCGUGGAAGGCUACUCCCGCAUCAACAGAUCCAUCGCCAUCAAUUCUCGCUAUUUCACAGUGGCGGGCCGCCACUGGAGUAUCUUGUACUACCCCAAUGGCCGCAAAAACCAUGACAUGGAUGGCCCGGGAUCACUUUGUCUUUACCUCGCCGAGGAAGGUGGAAAGCCUGUGAAGGCGCAGUUCGAGUUCAGUUUCAUUGAUGGGACUGACCAGCCGGCGACGGCAUGCAACCAUGCGCAUGCUCAGGAAAUAUUUGAGUUCCAAGACUGGAACCACAUCCCGCACGAAAAGCUCAUCAAAAGAGAGGCCUUGGAGAAACACCUCAAGGGCGAUAGUUUCACAAUUCGGUGUGAUGUCAUUGUUGUGGCGGGGGAUGUGAUCCCCACCACCACUUCUCCCUUCAUCACGGUGCCGCCCUCCGACAUGCAACAGAAUUUCACCGACCUUCUCGUGGCUGGAGAGGGUACAGAUGUGGUCUUCCAGGUCGGUAACGAGGCUUUGGCCGCCCACCGGUGCAUCCUUGCGGCCCGCUCUACCGUCUUCAGGGCGGCCCUCUUCGGCCCCAUGAAGAAAGGCACAUCUCCGACGGUGGUUCAGGUGGAUGACAUGAAUGGGACGGUGUUUAAGGCGAUGCUAGGUUUCAUCUAUGGUGACACGCUACCUUUCCCUGCGGCAGACAAAAACGAAGGCGUCCUGCUGCAGCACCUACUCGUGGCGGUGGACAGGUACGACCUCCGGAGGCUGAGAUUGAUGUGCGAGAAGAAGCUGUGCGAGCACAUCCGUGUGGGCACAGCGACGACCAUUCUGGCCCUUGCGGACCUGCACCACUGUGACGGGCUGAAGAAGGCGUGCUAUGAGUUUCUCCGAUAUCCGGCGAACCUGAGGGCGGUUGUGGAGACGGAAGGUUUUGAACAUCUCUGCAGCAGUUACCCCACUCUUAUGAAGGACAUGCUCCUCGGCGUGCUGCCUUCUAAGUAGUACUAGUUCAUCUUAAUGCAAUUGCUUGCUCUCUUCCAUAUUUCGUAAUCGUCUGUUUAGAUUAGGAGAUGAUUUGUCCAAUAUAUGGUUCUGGUGGGCAUGCAUGUAAUCCGCUGUUCAACUGAAAUAUGCACUUCCCCUUUCAAGACAAUUUGAAACGUGCUGCUGUAAAACAGCUGCAUCUA